AUGUCAAGAGUUAAUAAAAAUUGGAAUACGUUAUACUCAUACAAGAACGGGUUGGUUUAUCUACAUUUGAAAAAUAAUGAUUUAUUACAAUUACAAUUUGAUAUAACUGGUCAAUUCAAUAAAACAAACAAUCUCGUAAAUCAUCAAGUUAUCACAAGUUUACCAUCACCACCAGCAAAUACAACAUUAUUCAUUGUAGGAGAUUCAUUAUAUGGAUUAACAAAAUCAGAUACUACCACAAAUUCAAAUUUAUGUCAAGAUGGAUCAAUAUCAAUAAUUAAAUUCAUAAAUGAUUCAUGGGAAAACGAAAUAGAUUUAGAAUUAGAUGAUUAUAUAGAUAAUUCAUUUUAUGAUUAUUCAACUAUUUUAACAUCAGAUUAUAAAGAUUCAAUAUAUAUAUAUGGAGGAAUAUGUUCAUCAAAUCAACAAAUUACAAAUCGACUAAUUUCAAUAGAUUUAAAUAAUGGAACAAUAAGUAAUAUAACAACAUCUACAAAACCACAACCUUUUUAUGGAGCUUCAAACAUUUUAGCACCAAAUACUCAAUCACAAUUAAUUAUUGGAGGUGAAUCAACUCAAGGUUGGUUAAAUAUGUAUCAAUUAGCUACUUGGAAUUUUGACUCCGGUUGGUCUUUUAAACAAAUUCAAACCUCAGAAACAACAGUAAAUACAAGAACUUUUCCCUUGGUGUUGCCCAUUUUCAAACCAACCAAUAAUAUAAAUAAUUUUAAUAUAGAUCAAGUAUUAAUGAUUGGUGGUGAUUUAAAUAGUAAACAAAGUACUCCUCUUUAUGCAAAUUUACAAAUGACAUCAAAUAAUUGGGAAUGGCAUUCAGAUAUGAGUAAUAAUCAAUUAAAUAUUGAUGAAAUAUUAGGUGGUGCUACUAUUUUUUCAACUUUAGUAGUAAUUAAUUCAACUACUGAUUUAAAAGAUAAAAGAAUGACUACUCAAGGUUAUCAAAUUAAUUUAUAUGAUGCAGAAACUUUUAAACCUGUUGAAGAUGUUAAAACAAAUACAAAUAUUCAAACACUUAAUAAUUCAUCAAAUAAUAAUAAAGAGAAAAUAAUACUAGGAACAGUAAUACCCAUUUCAAUAGUUUGUUUAAUACUAGGGGUUUUAGUAUUUUAUUAUUUUUUUAAAAAACGAAAAACAAUUAAUAAUGAAACUUCAUAUAAUGAAAUAGAUUAUAAAUUUGAUUACACAACCCAACCAAUUUCAAUAGAUGAUAAUCCAAUAUAUAUACAUUUAGAUAAUGAUUCAAGUUCAACAUUAAGUGGAGCAGCAUCAAUUGAUUCAUGGAUGAAAAAAAGACAACAAUUUGAUAAUAAAAAAUUAAGAAAUAGUUAUCUUGCUUCUAAUGAAACUUUAAAUAUUGUGGAUGAUGAACUGAUAAAUGAAGAUAUUCAACCAACAUUAGAUCCAGUUGCAGUACGUAAAUCUAUAAAAAACCUCAAAAAAUCAUUUAGUUUCACAAAUACUCCUCCAACUUCACCAAUGAUUGAGAAAAAACCUUUAAGAAGUCUUAGGUUAACAAAUUCAGAACAAUUGCUUGGUGGUGGUGGUGAUACAGAAUCAUUUAUAAGUGAUGAUCAAAAUAAUAUAGAUGCUCAAGUUUUAGUUAGUAGUAAAAGAAGAUCAAUAUUAAAAAUAAUGAAUCCUGAUGAAGCUAUAGAUGAAAUAAGAGAUAAUUUGAGACAAAGAAUCCCAUCAGGAGAAAAAUAA